AUGACUGUUGACUUUUGCGACUAUUUUUGGGGUGAAAAAAAUAAUGGAUUCGACAUUUUGUAUCAUAAUAUGAAACAUGGAUUGAUUGCUAAUAAGGAUCUAUCAGAUUUUUUAAGAGAAAGGACUAACAUUGAGGAAACAUGUUCAAAAUUACUUGCAAAAUUAGCUAAACAAACAAGUAGUAGUUCAAAUACCGGGACAUUUAAUCCCUUAUGGCAAUUACUUCGUCUAUCUAUUGAGAAAUUAACCACAAUACAUAUACAGAUGGUACAUAAAGUCUGUGAAUUAGUAAAGGAUGUUACUAAGUACACAGAUGAAUUGCAAAAAAAACAUAAAAAUGUUAAAGAAGAACAAAGUGGAACUUUAGAUGCUGUACAAGCCAUUCAGUCAACCACAUUAGCCUUACAAAAAGCAAAAGACAUUUAUGUACAAAAAGGUGGAGAGUUGGAUAAACUCAGAAAAGAUAAUGCAUCUGCCAAGGACAUUGAAAAAGCCGAAAUAAAAUUGAAAAAAGCUCAAGAUGAUUACAAAGUAUUAGUUGACAAAUAUAGUAAUGUAAAAGAAGAAUUUGAAAAAAAAAUGAAUACAGCUUGCAAGAUUUUCCAAGAAGUUGAACAGUCACAUCUAAAACAAAUGAAAGAUUUUCUCAACGUUUAUACUGAGUUAAUUGAAUCUAAUCAUGAAGAAAUUGGAAAAGUGCAUGUUGAAUUCAAAAAACAAUGUUUAGAAAUGACUGUGGAUAAAUUGUUGGAGCAAUUCGUUUUAACUAAAUAUACAGGAUUAGAAAAACCAGAAAACAUCGAAUUUGAGGAAGUUUGUCUGAAUAGCACUUCUAGUAGUUUGAAUCAGGUCCCAGACUCGUCAAGUGAUUCAAAAUCAAUUCAAGGGACGAAUUCACCAGUAUUCACGAGUACGCCACAAAACUCAUGUGCAGCUAGUGUAGCGUCUGAAAAGCCUUCUACGGCAAAACGUGAAGGUGCUUUUUCAAAAUCAAACAGAACUGUCAGUUUAAGUGCUGAUCACACAGCUUAUUCACUUCCUCAGAAUUCUAUUCGUGGAUCGAAAUGGUUUUUAAGGAGCAGACGAGACAAACGCAAAGAAAAGAAAACUAAAAAGAAAAAGGACUCUAGUGGUGAAACAAUUGGUAAAGAAGAUAAAUCUGACAAUGAAGAAAAAGAAGAAGAGCCAAAAAAUAAUGCUCCAGAAAUUGAUGAUGAAGGAUACUGUAUUCAGCCAUCAGGACAAUGGACUGUCGAUAAAGAAGAAACAUUUGAUUCUUCUUCUGAUUCAGAUGAAGAAAGAGAUAAAAGACUACAUGUUGAGAUAAAACCAUUAAGCAAUGGGGCAGGCCCAAUCAGUGCAAGUGUUGAUGAAUUAAGAGCUACUGUUGAAAACAUAUCAUUAUUACCUUUAGGAACACAUACUUUAAAGAAUCGAAGAGGAUCAGUUAAUGAUGAUGGUACCAUGAAACGUUCUAAAUCUGUUUCUCAACAAUUGAAUACUGUAAAAAUAAGUAAUGAUCUGAUAGGACUGAAUUUGUUUCAACCCAGCGACCCCACUCCUAACCCAGUUCAGCAAAGUACUUCAAUGAAUAGUCCUACAUUAUCAUUAACUAAUAAAUCCAUUUCUCCGCCAAAUGUUUUUCCUGUGGUUUCAAGAUAUGCCGCAGAUCUAGGAGACUUGUUUUUCGAUGUUGGAGAUGCUCAACAGUCCACACCAAAACAGGGACCUCCAUCAACCACUCCUCCGGUGUGUUCUAUUUCUAUUCCUCGUCCUCCUUCACGGCGUGAGAACAAUGGACCCCGUAAUCAACUUAGUCCAAUAAGUAUUGGCAGAACAGACAGUGUGUCCAGUCUUGAUUUUCGAUCUUCCGGAGUUUUAGGACCAUCUAGAGGUCCAUCACCAUUAACUAUUGGCUUAUGUGAUUCCAUUCCACUGGCUGUUGCUUUUCAUGAAAUAAUCCAUGCAUAUUUCAAAGGAUCAAAUGAAUCAAGGUGUCAAGUAAAAAUGUUUGGAGAUAUGAUGGUAUCGUUUCCUGCAGGUAUUGCAAAUAUUUUAGCAAAUAAUCCAAAUCCAGCAAAAUUAACGUUUCGAUUGAAGAACACUACACGGGUGGAAAAUAUUCUUCCGAACAAACAAUUAGUUUUAACUGAUAAUUUAUUUACAUCCACUGAUUCAACUGUUUAUGAGUUCAAUAUGCCUGCUCUAACUUCGUUAUUACGUAAACAAUUUGAACAAAAUCCAGUUGCAUCUUAUUUUAAUGUUGAUAUUCUUAAAUAUCAAGUAAAAUUGCGCAAUACUGCAGCCGCUUCAUGUCCGUUCCAAUUAGUUUCAUUUUACAAAUGCAGCAAUACUUAUACGGAUCUUAAAAUUGGCUACAAGUUUAAUAGUCACUCCAUGAGCGUUCCUUCACCUUUACUGAAUGUUACUGUUUCUGCUAAUUUGAACUCAGCUAUACGUAAUAUGCAGUCUAAGCCCACUGCCCAAUGGGCAUCAGAUACAAAAACAGUAAGUUGGAGGUUUGCAGAACUCGCUCAAUAUUCUGAAAGUCAAGGUUCCGGUUCACUAAAAGCAAGAUUUGAGGUUGACAGCUUAUGCCCAAUAUCAACUAUAGUAACUCAAUUCAACUGUGAGGGUACUACAUUAUCGGGACUUGAAUUUGAGCUAGCAAGUAGUGGUUAUAGAGUGUCAUUAAUCAAAAGACGUUUCGUUGCUGGUAAAUAUAUAUGUGAUGGCGAACCAGAUCCAAAAAGCUCUACCCAACAUUCCACUGUGUCAUCAGAUUGUUAA